CUAAUAGUAGUGGUAGUGGUAGUGGUAUUGGUUGUAGUAGUCGUAAAAAUGAUAGUGGUAGUGGCAGUGAUAGUGGAAGCGGUAGUGGUGUAGGUGUUGGUAGCGGUAGUGGUAGUGGUGAUGGUAGUGGAAGUGGUGGUGUUAGUGGUAGUGGUGAUGGUAGUGAUAGCGGUGGUGGUGAUAGUGGUAAGGGGUAGUGGUAACAGUUGUGGUAGUGGUAGUGGUGGUGGUGCUGGUAGUGGAAGUGGUGGUGCUGGUGGUAGUGGUGGUGGUAGUGAUAGCCGUGGUGGUGGUCGUGGUAAGGGGUGGUGGUAGUGGUAGGGGUGGUUGUGGUAGCGGCUGUGGUAUUGGUAGUGGUGGUGGUGGUGAUAGUGUUAGUGGUGGUAGUGGUAGUGGUGCUUAUAGUGGUGGUAGUGUUAGUGGU